ACUGUUGUUUUCGGAGGAGCAGGUAAGUCCCCUUGGCCUGUGUUUGUGGCUGUUUGUGUUAAUGGGCUCUAUGUGUGCUUACUGUCAUUUUUGGUCUCUUGUAGGUGUCUUAUUUUGGGAGAUUUAUCCCCUUUUUGGUUGUGUUGUUUAGUGUGCCCAAAAACACUAAUUUGCUGUUGUUUUCGGAGGAGCAGGUGUCUUAUUUUGGGAGAUUUAUCCCCUUUUUGGUUGUGUUGUUUAGUGUGCCCAAAAACACUAAUUUACUGUUGUUUUCGGAGGAGCAGAAAAAAUGUCGUAUGCUCCUGCAUGUGUGAUGUCAGUGUUUGUGGCAGCAGAAGCCCUCCCACCCCAACCCACGGCAGCACUCCCACCCCAACCGCCAGCCCCACAACCGCAACCGGCUCCUCAUCAACCAAGAUCCUUUCCCUGAAUGCCAAGUUUCCCGGAAACUCGCAUGAUGCUUAUGUCAUUAGACAAUCAGGGAUAUGGCACAGAUUAAGAUCAAGUCAACGAGCAGACAUGUGGUUAUUGGGAGACCGUGGAUAUCCUUGCACCCCCUGGCUCAUGACUCCUUACCGUAAUCCCAGGCCAGGACCACAGACGGCAUUUAACUCCGCGCUUACUGCCACUAGACAGCUGGUGGAGCGCACAAUUGGGGUCCUUAAAGGACGGUUUCGUGUGCUCCACCGCACUGGUGGCGACAUCAUGUAUUCGCCGGAGAUGGCAAGUAAACUAGUGGUCCUGUGCGCUAUACUACAUAACAUCGCGGUAAGGAGUAGCGUAGAGCUUCCUCAGACAGAGGAAUUGCCUCAUGAGGAGCCAGGGGUUGUCCGUCGCUUCGGUGGGGGGAGUGUUACACGGAGGGGAAGCCAAGUCAGGGCAAGCAUUGUUGAAGAAUAUUUCAGGUAUAGUGUUUUUUUAUUUACUUUUUGAAAUUAAUCAAAAACACAGUAUGCUUAUGCUCAUUUUGUAACGCAGAAAUUUGGCUUGCUAUUGUAAGGUCAUUGUGUAAUUAUUCGGGUGUGUGGGAAUCUCUAAUUAUGUUUUUCAAAAAUAACCGUAAACAGGUUAAGCUUACAAUGUGUUAUUUUCGAAUCUAAUAAUGUGAUGUUGCUAAAUAGUGUCCUUAUUUGUUUUCUUUCAUAAAAUCCUGUUUUUUUUUUAAAAAAACACAAACAAAUGAAACUGAAUGUUGACCACUUUGUGACUGUCCAGCUGAAUUAUCACACAAACUGUGGACGACCACAACGGCAACCAGAUGCAGGGAGGCAACAUCAGGCGCCUUCUAAGCCCCCCUCCCCUUCUCACUCCCCCUCCCCUUCUCACUCCCCCUCCCCUUCUCAAUCCCCCUCCCCUUCUCACUCCCCCUCCCCUUCCCAGUCCCCCUCACCUUCCCAGUCCCCCUCAGCUUCCCAGUCCCCCUCACCUUCCCAGUCCCCCUCAGCUUCCCAGGCCCCCUCAGCUUCCCAGUCCCCCUCAGCUUCACCGGCCCCCUCAGCUUCCCAGGCCCCCUCCCCUUUCCACUCCCCUUCUCAGCCCACCUCUCCUUCUCUUUAUGUGCCCCCUUCUCCUCCUUCCCAGUCCCCUUCUCCUUCUACUUCCAACUCCCCUUCUCAGCCCCCCUCACCCUCUAUUGAACAAACAUUCUCUCCGCCCCCCUCGCCAUCUCAAUCAGACCCAUCCUCAGAAAUUACAUCCCCAAUCCCUCCUCCUUACCCCAUCUCUCCUCCUUCCCCAAUCCCUCCUCCUUCACCAAUCCAGACUCCUUCCCCCAUCCCUCCUCCUUCCCCAAUCCCUCCUCCUUCCCCCAUCCAGCUGCCUUCACCACCCAGUGAAUGGGCAGAAGAAGCCCCUGAUGGUCUCAGUGGUGAACAUAAUGUUGCUGAGGAAAAUGUUGCAGUUGGAGAUCCCACAAGUUUUGGGGGAAUUAUUGAAACCAUGCGCCAACACCUGCAUGGGUUAAUUAAUUGUCUGGAUCAGUUACAAAAAUU